AUGUCCUUUGGGAAAGGAGCGAUGGCAGCCAUCAGGAAGAAGCUGGUGAUCGUGGGAGAUGGUGCCUGCGGAAAGACGUGUCUGCUGAUUGUGUUCAGCAAGGACCAGUUCCCCGAGGUCUAUGUGCCCACCGUGUUCGAGAACUACAUUGCUGACAUAGAGGUAGACGGGAAGCAGGUGGAGCUGGCCCUGUGGGACACAGCAGGACAGGAGGACUAUGACAGGCUGCGGCCCCUCUCGUACCCGGACACAGAUGUUAUCCUCAUGUGCUUCUCCAUUGACAGCCCGGACAGCCUCGAGAACAUCCCCGAGAAAUGGACGCCGGAGGUGAAGCACUUCUGCCCCAACGUGCCCAUCAUCCUGGUGGGGAACAAGAAGGACCUGCGGAACGACGAGCACACGCGGCGGGAGCUGGCGAAGAUGAAGCAGGAGCCGGUGAAGCCGGAGGAGGGGAGGGACAUGGCCAACAGGAUCAAUGCCUUUGGCUACCUCGAGUGCUCCGCCAAGACGAAGGAGGGCGUGCGGGAGGUCUUCGAGAUGGCCACCCGAGCAGGCCUGCAGGUCCGCAAGAACAAGAAGCGCCGGGGCUGCCCGCUGCUGUGAGCAGCCCGUGCCCG